GUCAACGCCAGCGUCGUCGUCGUGGAUACGUUGACGAGUUGAAAAGCCAGCAAAUUUUCAUUCUUCGUUCUGUCGUGUCUAGUGCUUGUUGGUUGUGUGAAUAUCACUGGAAUUUCGUGUCACUGAAAGUCUCAGCAAAAUGCCUACUAUGUCAACCAAAGCCAACACUCCCAAGGGCUCUCCCCGGUCGGGAUUAAACUACAUGCAAAUGAUCGUUUUCACCAUGAAUGAAGCGCAAAAAGAUCUUCCGCCACGCAAAGGAAUCUCGCUGAGAAGCCUGAAAUCAAAAAUUUUCGAAAAGUAUGGAACUACGGAGACCAUUCUGAACCGUAAUCUACAUCGGGCACUGGACGAGAAGGUGCUAAUGUCCACUAAGGGUCAAGGCCUCAGUGGUUCCGUUCGAUUCCACAACGAUUUUGCCAACAGGCUGAAGAAGCUAGAUGACGCUUCGAACCAAAAAUCGAUUUCGGAAACAUUGACGAAAUAUUUGAAUACAUCACUGGUCCAAUCGGAUGACAGCGACGACGAGAGAGUCUCCGAAGCGACUAAGAAGCCACGACAGAAGAAAACGGAAUCCGCAAAACGAGCCCCGAAGAAGAGAGAUGAGUCCGCGAAAUCGAACCCCAAAGCCAAGAAGGCCGCUGGCGAACCUACGAUGGUUACCGGCAAAGCGAGUAAGAAGCGAGCUGCCGAAAAAUCGUCGGAAGAACCGAAGGUCAAAAAAUCUAAAUAGAUUUUUUUGAUCGUUACGUCGUUCUGGCUGCUCAUGGAGUGUGAGUCUAAGGCCGCGAGCGUAUUAUUUCUUUCCAGUCAUCUGUUUCAAAUGAUGUUUUGUUCUAUUUUCGUUAAUAAAAUGAAUUCGUAAGACAAACUA